AUGUCGCUUCGAAUCAAUAUUCCGCCUGCUACUCGGUUCUGCCUUGUCAGCCUGAUCACUUUAUCCUUGCUGUACAAUAUUGCCAGAUGGCGCCAGAUUGACACCACCGGCGGAACCCCAACAACCUCUCCCCUCGUUCCCUAUCUGACCCUCGUCCCCUCCUACUUCUACUACUAUCCCUGGACCCUAGCCACGGCUACAUUCGUCGAGCAGAACAUUUUCACCCUUCUCUUGAAUGCCACAACCAUUUUCUAUGGCGGCAAGUACCUCGAGCGCGCGUGGGGCUCGCGCGAACUCAGCAAAUUCAUUGCUGUGAUCGCCGUGGUUCCCUGUGUGGCCAUGAUCCCAAUCUACCUAAUCUGGGGAUCUCUUGGAGGCACCUCAGGCACAUCGCUCACUCAAAUCUGCGGCGGCGUCUCCAUCCAAGCCUCCUUCCUAGUCGCCUUCAAACAACUAGUCCCGGAACACACCGUGACAGUCUUCAAGGGCCUGGUGAAGAUGCGCGUCAAACAUUUCCCCGCCCUGUUCCUCCUCCUCAACACAAUCAGCGGCAUCGCCUUCGGAACAGACACAGCCGCCUUCCUGGCCUGGCUAGGCGUUCUCGCUAGCUGGACCUACCUCCGCUUCUACAAGUACCAGCCCGACCUGACCGGAACAUCGAGCACCGGAACCGGUAUCAAAGGCGAUGCCAGCGAGACUUUCGCUUUCGCUUGUCUCUUCCCAGACAUCAUGCAGCCGCCCAUCGCAUUCGUCGCAGAGCAGAUCUAUACUCUACUGGUAGCAGUCAAAAUCCUCAAACCCUUCUCGGAGGAUGAUAUCGCGUCCGGGAAUGAGCAGGUGCUGGCGCGCGGCGAAGCGGGCUUGCCCACCUUGCUGAACUCUCGCGGGGGCGCACGGGGAGCAGGCAAGCGCGAAGAGGCAGAGCGGAGACGCGCUGUUGCCCUGAAGGCUUUGGACCGGAGGCUGCAAGCUGCCACUAUUCCAAGACCUCAGCUGCCCGUGGGAGAGCCCUCUUCCCAGCAUCCGGCGACACCCACUGCGGCUGCGCCUGGCCCAAGCAUGCUUGGAGAGACGAGCUAUAAUCCCGACCAUGCAUGA